GCACUUUUCAAAACGGCUCCCAGUUAGCGAGUUGAGAUGAGUCCACUUGGUCCGAGGAAAGUUCGUCGCCACAAUCGCACUGCCUUGUCGGAAAUACCGGGAUCAUCCAAAUCUAAGUGUUCAUCAAAUGCUGAGAAUAAAUCACCAGUUUCUGGAAAGGAAGUUCGCCCUUCAGAUUUCAAUGAAAGUUGGGCACGGCUUGGCAGGCCAUUAAUUACUGGACAAGAGGCUCAGUCAAUUGUAUCUAAUUUAAAAUCUCAGAAUGAUGUUUUUUCGCUGUACUAUCGUCCUUCCUCACAAAAAUCAAAAAUACACUCUACCAGUUAUUCCCAUAAAAAUUUGACGUCGUAUUCUAAUAAUGAAAUACUGCAUUCAUCACCAAAGCGUCGUGAAAGUCAUUUCAGUUGUAAUACCGCAUUAACAGCUAAGAGGGAUUCAAUUAAUAAAUCUGGUCGUAUUAGCCAGCUAGCCAGUCGUGUUGAGCAUCUUCUUAUACAGGAUCAUACCAAUACCUUCCACUGCGAAACCGUAUCCCAAACAGCCUGUCAUUCGGUAGGGUGUGAAUCAAGUUCAUUUCCUCUGGAGUUCUCAGAUGACAGUUCUUCGUCCAGUAUUAAAAGGAAGACAAAUCUCAGUAUUUCAAGUCCCACCAAAACCACCCUGUCAUCUCCCUGGUAUCGUCAUUGCCGACCAAAGGCUCCUCCUCCAGUUCUUUCCUUACCUGUCAAAAGUGGGGAUGUGAAUAGCUUUGAAAAUCACUGCUAUGAUUCAAGGAUUUGCAAAAGCGGUAGUAGCAGUGGAGAUGACCAUCAAGUGGUCGAAUGUGAAAAACUGUUUAAACCCAUUCCUUGUCACCUUUCUUCGCUACCUUCUCAUUCGACGCACUCCCUGACAGUCGCAAGUUCUGAGGUAGAUGGGAGCGUCAGCCAAGAAAACAUUUUUUGCCAUCCGGACUUGCCACCACCACCACCACUUCUGCCUGCAUCCAGUGAUGUUGAUUUGGCAUUGAUGAAUCGUUCGUACUCACUACCAUCUCCUCCUGUUGAGAGCAUCUAUGAAGAGCCAAAUAUAUUUUCGGAUGAAAUCCCACUGAAACCCUUGGCUUCGAUAACUAAUAUUCUACCAAAUGGUGGGGUUUUUAUUCGUCGUCAUCCAAAAUGGGCUAAUGAUUGCAACCCUGAUGUUCUAAGAUCCCAUGCUGUUCUUCGUUAUUCUGGUUUGGACUCAAAUUUCGAUUCGGAUUUCAAUUUAUCUCCUUCUAUACCAUCUCCUCCUCCUUUGAUCGUCGAACGUCUACCCUGUGGAAUGAAUAUCUUGGAAUCACAAGACCAACAAAUCCUCCAUCCAUCUGCUUUGAAUAAUCCUAGUCUGGCACGCCCUACGUUCUUAAAACGGGGUGCACCUGAUGGUGCAGAACAACACAUCGAAGACGUUGCUAAUAGUUUUGAGCAUAAAACAAUUCCAGUAACAGAAGACUGCAACUCACCAUCAACGAUGAAACGGUAAGUUGAAGAGUUUGAUAGGUGUACUGCUGGAUAGAAUGUCUGCUUACCCAGCAGUUCAAGUCUUUUUGAUGUUUCUGAUAAAUAUUGUGUUGUCAGAAUCAACGGAUUCAGCUGCUUACUGGGACCGGUAAUUAUCAUAUCAAGUGGUAAGUGAAGCUGCUUUUGUUUCACUUCAGCUGGAUGAAAUUUGAGAACUGAUCGGUACUGCUCACAUCUCAGAUUAGCUCAUCAGUUACUUCACUCAGUCUGUACAUAUCCUACGAUUAUUUUUCAUAAGUCUAUGCUAAAAGUCAUAUCCGUAUAAAAUAUUACGAUAUUUCUAUACUUAGUUCGAAAGUAUUAUAAGAAUAAGGAUUGGACACUGUGGUAAAUCGUAAUUCCACUUUAAUUGGUUUUGUAGAUCUACCACUGUUUGAUAGAAUUACUGUGUUUGAAACGUUAUCUAGUUAGUAAAAUUGCUACACUGCGUGCUAAAUUAGGCAAAUUAAAUAGUCCAAAAGUAGUUGAAAUUAUUCACAUCCAAUUUCAGUGGUAUUUUACCAUAUUUACUACCCAUUUAAUAAAUAUUCGACCAAAACGCCGAGUCUCACCAAUUUGUCUUUAAAAUUAGUGGCACAAUUUAGUUGCCGAUGCGAUAAAGAAUUCCACUUCAUAUUACUUCCGACUUAUCUUGUCUUAGUGGCUUAUAAUUUCUGGUAUCGAUGAUUUUGGUAUUUUAACAUUUUUAGCGAAGGAGAGUUUCUUUCAAGUAUCUGUAUCCACGCAUUUUGGUUCAUACGUCUAUAACAGCUGUAUUUGAUUUGACUCCUUUUGUAGGUAGUUAGAUACCUUCCAAAGCAGAUUAGCUUAUUUGGCAGCACACAGUGAUACAGUAUUAUUUUUAAUGUCUUUAUCUAGUUGGUAAUACUCAACAUCAAAUAAACUGAUCUGAUAUAGAAUUAAACUCUACCACAAUGUGCAUUUGUGCCCCUUGCAUAUUAACACCGGUUUAUGUUGAUUGGUCAACCUGGGAAAGGGAGUGUUUCUCGCUAAGUACUCAUAUUAUGACAUAUUUAAUAUUUUUGUCAUCAUUCUUCGUUUUAAGUUCGAUUUGAAGUAUGGGUACUUUGACCGAUACUCUGUUGUUCUUAUAUUACUCACUUAUUCUACAAAAAUGUUAAUGUACUAAUAUUCCAUAACUUGUACUGUUAUGUUUGACUUUUAUGAUUGAGCAAAAUUUUGUAAAUAAUCAUCUCAGGAUCAAUCAUAAUGAUCACUAGGUUCCUUAGUUUUUAAAGUGGUUCGGAAGUAAUAAAAGUUGUUGUAUAUCAUCUUUAGGCUUGAAAUAUAUUUAUUAGUUGACCAUCUGUUAUACAAUUCGCUUAUAAAAUGCAUUGCCUUAGAAAUUCGUUCUCUAAUCUCAUUUUUCCUUUUCAAUAAUUACUCACUUAUAGGAAUGUCGACUGGGAUUUUCAUAAUGAAAAGUAUUCGCCUAAAAAGAGUCGUGUACAUUUAUUACUGCCAAGUGAAUCCAGCGCAUUUCUUCCUGUUCGAUCGAAUCGUCAGUUAACCUGUCACAUUCACUGUAUCUCUCCACCUUGCUUACGAUGAAAAGUUGCACUAAAUUUUUGAAUACAGGAUAGUAAACAGUACGAGGAACUACAGUCUUUCAUAAUAUAAUUACGAAUUCAUAUUAUUUUUGUUGUACAGUUGAAUGAAAUAUUGAUUUUUUUAUUGACAGUUUUGUGUUGUUGUUGUCUUUAUUUGGCAUUGUUGUUUUGACAUAUAUUUACUUUCUUGUCUACUUGUUUUUUCGUAUUUCCAGUACCUCCGUUUUUCUACUUCCAUUCCGUCUAACUCUUUUUAUACAGAGUUCUAUAAAAUUAUGAUCAUGACUGUGAAUAUUGCUGUAUUGUUUCUCCUUUUAUAUGUUAAUCAUAAUUUUUCCUUUUUUGUCAUCCUAUGAGCAGAGAGAGAGUCAGAGGAGGAAACAAUGGACAUUUCUUAUCUUAUCUGAAUUUGUUUUUUAUUUGUACAGCCUCCGUUUUGGUUUAUUAGUGACAUUUGUUUACUGAGUUUACCUUUUUUCCUUUUUGGAUAUUUUGUAAUACUUAAAUUUCUUUUUUACAAUAUAGGUAAAUGCAUAUUGUCU